AUGAUAACCGGUACAAUGGGAACAGUGAGAGUGAACAGGUACAGCAUUGUGUCAACUGAUGAUGAGGGCCUCAAAAUCUCCAGCCUUGGGCUUCACAAUGGCAACAGUUCAAUGUCGAGGUACCAGCACCCACUGGGUGGAGUGAGUCCUGGGGGUCUAGGGGGUGGAGGAGGGAGAGGUGGUGGGGGUGCAGGAGCAUUGGAAAUGCGAGGGAUGGAAAGCAGCUUUAGUGAGCAAAAGAUCUCCACCACAGGCCCUGGCCGGCUGAGGAGCCGUUUUGUAAAGAAGAAUGGCCAGUGCAAUGUAGUCUUCACCAAUAUGGAAGACAAGCCACGCCGCUAUCUGGCUGACAUCUUCACCACGUGUGUUGACAUUCGCUGGCGUUACAUGCUGAUGAUCUUCACUACAACCUUCCUGGUUUCCUGGCUCAUUUUUGGCCUAGUCUUUUGGGGUGUAGCCUUAGCUCACGGUGACUUUGACUUGCAACCAAACAUGGGGUCUUCAUCAGCAGGAGCAGGAGGGGCUGGACCUGGAGGGAGUUUAGGGCAGAAAGACCGAGCUGUUGAGCAUAAACCAUGCAUUCUUCACGUACAUAGCUUUGUGGGGGCCUUCCUGUUCUCCAUUGAGACACAGACCACCAUUGGGUAUGGGUUCCGCUGCGUUACUGAGGAGUGCCCUGCUGCCGUGGCAACUGUGGUUGUCCAAUCCAUCGUGGGCUGCAUCAUCGACUCAUUCAUGAUCGGCACCAUCAUGGCCAAAAUGGUCCGUCCAAAAAAGAGGGCCCAGACCUUGCUCUUUUCCCACAAUGCCGUCAUUGCUCUCCGGGACGGCAAAUUGUGCCUGAUGUGGCGUCUGGGAAACCUGCGGAAGAGCCACAUUGUGGAGGCCCAUGUUCGUGCCCAGCUCAUCAGGCCCUAUGUCACAGCAGAGGGAGAGUACAUUCCUCUGGAGCAAACGGACAUCAAUGUGGGAUACGACGAAGGCCUGGACAGACUUUUCCUAGUAUCCCCUCUGAUCAUCGUUCACGAAAUCGAUGAGCAGAGUCCGCUAUACAGUAUGAGCAGGGCUGACCUAGAAACCGAGGACUUUGAGAUCGUGGUGAUCCUGGAGGGAAUGGUGGAGGCAACGGCUAUGACCACCCAGGCUCGCAGCUCCUACCUGGCACGGGAGAUUCUCUGGGGCCAAAGGUUUGAGCCUGUGGUCUUUGAGAAGCAUGACCGCUACCAGGUGGACUACUCCCGCUUUCACAAGACCUACAGGGUGCCAUCCACACCAAACUGCAGUGCCAGGGAGCUCAGCGAAAUGGCCAGCCGGUCGUCCUCGUCCUCAACCCCGUCCUUGUCCCAUGUCAGUCCCAAAGCGUCCCACCGCCUCAUGCCCCCUCACUCCCCCAGUGCAUUCUGCUAUGAGAACGAGGUCGCCUUGCACUGUGGAGAGGAGGAGGAUGCAGAAGAUGUACUCAGAGAGCGAGAUGGGGGAGAAGGGGAGGAAAGGACUGUCUCAGUGGAUUUCCAGGAGAGAUUUCAGGAGCAGUCAAACGACAUGUUGUGUGUUUUGGACAUGGAGAAUCAAAUUGAAUUUGAAAUGCUGCAGUCUGCCAUUCCUCUUGACCCGCUGAGCUACAGGAGGGAGUCUGAAAUCUGA